AUUUUGUAGUCGGCAGCAGUAGGGAAAAUUCAAACACCUCAUCUACAAAAAAACUUCACAUUUGCUUUAUAAACGCACUCGUAACGUCAAACAAUUUGUCAAAUCGUAUUUGUCAAGUGUGAAGUGUCAAGUGUCACUCAUUGACAUUGUAUGCCAUUAUCCAAACUGUUAUCAAAACAGUGGCACGAAACCAAAUUUAUUAAUUAAAUUAUGAUUUUCGCGUGGAAAUAAUGUGCUUAAACGAAAAUAGUUUAUUUAUUUGACAGUAAUAUAGAUGUAUCCUAAAAUUAGUUUGAUGGGUUAUAGAUUGAGUGGCUCGAGAUGUCUUGGUCUGUGCCUUUUACUAACAUUCUUUAUGGGAUGUUAUUUAGCUGCUUUACCUAUUCAAUACGAAAACGAGGCAUUACCUAAUCAAGUCCGACAUCGAAUAACAGCAAAACAAGUGCUUAAAAAGCGUCUCGCAGUGCUCGUGCCCUUCCGAGACCGCUUCGAGGAGCUUCUAGAAUUCGUACCUCACAUGUACAGCUUUCUAAACAAGCAGAAAAUACCAUUUCACAUAUUUAUAGUCCAGCAGAAAGACAAUAAUCGUUUCAACAGAGCAUCGUUGAUCAACGUUGGGUUUAUUUAUACGAAAAAAGACUAUGACUACAUAGCAAUGCAUGAUGUGGACUUACUACCUAUGAAUGAUAACUUGCCUUAUGAGUAUCCGUCUCUCGGUCCUGUCCACAUCUCAUCCCCACAAACGCAUCCAAAAUACCACUAUGAUACGUUUAUUGGUGGGAUAUUGUUGGUGAAGAGGGAACAUUAUGAGAUGGUGAAUGGUAUGUCCAACAACUACUGGGGAUGGGGCCUAGAAGACGAUGAGUUCUACGUCCGGUUGAAGGAUGCCAACUUAUCUGUGAUUAGACCAAAUAAUAUUACUACGGGAACUGAUAAUACAUUUAGGCAUAUCCAUGACAAAACAUACCGCAGGCGAGACAUGCGGAAAUGCUUCAACCAGCGGGAGGUGACCCGCCGCCGCGACCGCCUCACCGGACUUCACGACGUCGCGUACAAACUGCACACCACGCACACUGUAGCUGUUGACGGGUUAAACGUCACUGUGCUUAAUGUAGAACUCACUUGUGAUAAGAGUAAGACUCCUUGGUGUCAGUGUCCGGACCCGCCUAAAGAACCAGUGAAGAAAUCCUAAAAGUGAAAAAGUUUUGAGUUGAUAAUUGAUGAUAUUCUUGUCAGGGGGGCAGAGGGCAGUGCAUGUCGGAUUAGAGAUAUUGAGGGUUCUGUAAAAAAAGGCAAAAAGCACGGCAUCUGAGAAAAUGUAUAUUGUCGAGAAUCACGGUUUACGAGUUGAUAGACGGACGCAGAAAGCAGACAGCCCUCCGGAUUCGUCUAUUACCAUUCAGGUAUGAAAACCCAAAAACAGAUUAAAUCUUACUGCUCAAAAACAACACAAAAAUUUCGUAUAACUCGAGUUUUGACCACGUUUAAUUAUUCAUAAAUUAGGGUACAAAAUGACUGCUGCAUCCCCUCAAAUUGCCACAAACAAUGACCCUGUUCAUUGUUCAAUUAUUUUUCUUUUCUCAGUUAAAUAGUGUAAAAACAACAAUGAUUUUUGUUACAUUUGUAAAGAGUGUAUAUUUUUUAUAGUCAACAUUGAAUAAUAAUCAUUCUAUUAUGCAAUCUUGUUUAUAACUCAAACAAUGUUCAUAUGAUAUUAUUUUAGAGAAACUUGUAUAAUAAUUAAUUAUUUAAUCAUUAAGUACCA